AUCCCCCUUAGUUAAUUUCUAAGCUUCAUUUUCCUCUUCAGUAAAAGGAGGGAAGAUUAAGACGAUCUUCAUAUUCUCCUCUGUUAUCUUCUGCGGAAUCCAUGGGCCACCCUCAAGCACUGUGGGUGAAGGGUAGGGGCUGUCAUUCUUCCUCCAGGGUCCAGCUUCACCUCUGCCCCAUUAUUUAAGGACCUCAAAGCACUUUCACCAUGAAGUUCCCCUUGGUUGUCCUUUUUAUUUCCCAGAUAAAGGGAAAUGACUCACCCAGAAGUCACCUCGAGUGGGUGGGGUGGUGUCAUACAAGCAAACAGGGAGUCCCUAGGGAUAUCCCCACCUCCUUGACACUCUUUUCCCUUGGGGUGUUCUCCCUAAGGGGAGUAGAAGGGAAAAGGGGUCACAUUGCCUUUCCAUCGCAGACCUUAGCCCAGCAGCAAAAGCAGCUUAAGCUCUUGACUCCAGGGAAAUCUCCCUCCCCUGUUUGUCUCUCUCCCCGUGUCACCAGUAACCUCAGGGCGAGGUCAGCCCUGCAAUCACGUGAAGCUCUCACGUUUGCAAAGUUUGCAGAAAGGGCCUUUUAAGCUUUGAUCUCCCAGGGAGCAGACAAGCUUGCCAGUCCCUCCCCAGGAAUUCACAUGCCCCUGCCAUACAGGCUUUCCAAACACGCCAGCCUGACUCUUCAGCGCACCCCACCCCUUUCCACUUUCAGCUCCUCCCCGCUGCCAGCAAGCACUUUUGCAAAGCAGAAAGGGGAAACACACGCAGUCCGCCCACUUUGUCAGUGGACUACAAAUCCCGAUAGUCUUAGCGUGCGCAGGCGCACGGAGUUCAACGUGCCGGCUGUUGGAAAAGUGUGUCACUGGGGCACGAGGCGCUCCCUGGGAUCACAUGGUACCUGCUCCAGUGCCGCGUGCGGCCCGGGAACCCUGGGCUGCUGGCGCCUGCGCAGAGCCCUCUGUCCCAGGGAAAGGCUCGGGCAAAAGGCGGCUGAGAUUGGCAGAGUGAAAUAUUGCUGCCGAGGGAACGUAGCAGGGCACACGUCUCUCUGCUUUGCGCCUGGGUGCCCCGUUUCUCCCAUCACCUACUUACUUCCUGGUUGCAACCUCUCUCCCUCUGGGACUUUUGCACCGGGAGCUCCAGAUUCGCUACCCUGCAGCGCUGCGGAGCCGUCAGGCAGUGGCACCCGGUGCACUGCAGAGACCCGACCCUCCUUGGUACCUUCUAGCCAGAACUACUGCAGGCCGAUCUCCCCACACACAUUAUCUCUGCUUUUCCCAUGCAAAGCAGACCUCCGUUGCCUCAGCGUCCUACCCUUCAGCAGGGCUGCAGUCCGGCCACCCUAAGAGCUUGCUGCAGGGUGCCUCGGAUCCUGAACCUGAGCAGCGGGGUCCACUCCCCGUCCUCAGCCAGUGCCCCGGGGGCAAGAACAGCAACAGCAACCUCCAGUCUGUGUCAAGGUCCAGUUUGAAUGACCGCUUUCGACCGGUGAAGACAUGACGACCCUGGACUCCAAUAACAAUACAGGUGGCGUCAUCACCUACAUUGGCUCCAGUGGCUCCUCCCCAAGCCGCACCAGUCCGGAGUCUCUAUACAGUGACAACUCCAAUGGCAGCUUCCAGUCCCUGACCCAAAGCUGCCCUACCUACUUCCCACCAUCGCCUACUGGCUCCCUUACCCAGGACCCAGCUCGCUCCUUUGGGAGCAUUCCACCCAGCUUAAGUGAUGACAGCUCCCCUUCUUCCUCUUCCUCCUCCUCAUCAUCCUCCUUCUAUAAUGGGAGCCCCCCAGGGAGUCUACAAGUGGCCAUAGAAGACAGCAGCCGCGUGUCCCCCAGCAAGAGCACCAGCAAUAUCACCAAGCUGAAUGGCAUGGUGUUACUGUGUAAAGUGUGUGGGGACGUGGCCUCAGGCUUCCACUAUGGUGUGCACGCCUGCGAGGGCUGCAAGGGCUUUUUCCGUCGAAGCAUCCAGCAGAACAUCCAGUACAAACGGUGUCUGAAAAAUGAGAACUGCUCCAUUGUCCGCAUCAAUCGCAACCGCUGCCAACAAUGUCGCUUCAAGAAGUGUCUCUCCGUGGGCAUGUCUCGAGAUGCUGUGCGUUUUGGGCGCAUCCCCAAAAGAGAGAAGCAGCGGAUGCUUGCUGAGAUGCAGAGUGCCAUGAACCUGGCCAACAACCAGUUGAGCAGCCAGUGCCCACUGGAGACCUCACCCACCCAGCACCCCACCUCAGGCCCCAUGGGACCCUCGCCACCUCCUGCUCCGACCCCCUCACCCCUGGUGGGAUUCUCUCAGUUCCCACAACAGCUGACACCACCCAGAUCCCCAAGCCCUGAGCCCACCGUGGAGGAUGUGAUAUCUCAGGUGGCCCGGGCACAUCGAGAGAUCUUCACCUAUGCCCACGACAAGCUGGGCACUUCACCUGGCAACUUCAAUGCUAACCAUACAUCGAGUAGCCCUUCAGGCACCAUCCCACAUCGCUGGGAGAGUCAGGGCUGCCCGCCUGCCCCCAAUGACAACGCCUUGGCCGCGCAGCGGCAUAAUGAGGCCCUGAAUGGUCUACGCCAGGGCCCUUCCUCCUAUCCUCCUGCCUGGCCCCCCGGCCCUCCUCACCACAGCUGCCACCAGCCCAAUAGCAAUGGGCACCGUCUGUGCCCCACCCACGUGUACACAGCCCCAGAAGGCGAGGCACCUGCCAACAGUCCGCGGCAAGGCAACUCCAAGAAUGUUCUGCUGGCAUGUCCCAUGAACAUGUAUCCCCACGGACGCAGUGGCCGAACUGUGCAGGAGAUCUGGGAAGAUUUCUCCAUGAGCUUCACCCCCGCUGUGCGGGAGGUAGUAGAGUUUGCCAAGCACAUCCCUGGCUUCCGUGACCUUUCUCAGCAUGACCAGGUCACCCUGCUCAAGGCCGGUACCUUUGAGGUGCUGAUGGUGCGCUUUGCAUCACUGUUCAACGUGAAGGACCAGACAGUGAUGUUCCUGAGCCGUACCACCUACAGCCUGCAGGAGCUUGGUGCCAUGGGCAUGGGAGACCUCCUCAAUGCCAUGUUCGACUUUAGCGAGAAGCUCAACUCCUUGGCGCUUACUGAGGAGGAGCUGGGCCUCUUUACCGCGGUGGUGCUUGUCUCUGCGGACCGCUCGGGCAUGGAGAAUUCCGCUUCGGUGGAGCAGCUCCAGGAGACGCUGCUGCGGGCUCUUCGGGCUCUGGUGCUGAAGAACCGGCCCUCGGAGACUUCCCGCUUCACCAAGCUGCUGCUCAAGCUGCCGGACCUGCGGACCCUGAACAACAUGCAUUCCGAGAAGCUGCUGUCCUUCCGGGUGGACGCCCAGUGACCCGCCCGGCCGGCCUUCUGCCGCUGCCCCCUUGUACAGAAUCGAACUCUGCACUUCUCUCUCCUUUACGAGACGAAAAGGAAAAGCAAACCAGAAUCUUAUUUAUAUUGUUAUAAAAUAUUCCAAGAUGAGCCUCUGGCCCCCUGAGCCUUCUUGUAAAUACCUGCUCCCUCCCCCAUCACCAUGCUUCCCAUCCUCCCCUAUUUAAACCACUCUCACUUUCCCACCCUUCUCUGGCCCCCCAUUUGUUCUGUUCCUGUCUCAAAUCCAAUAGUUCACAGCUGAGCUGGCUUC